AUGCCACACAUAGCUACGGUAAUCUUUGACAACACAUUAAAUUCCCAAAACCAAGACUAUCUUCCAAGUAGAUACGUCUUACAAAAAGAAGUGAUCGACACAUUGAUAACUAACACGUUUGAAAGCGAUGCACAAAGUCUUAUUGGCCUAAUUCCUAUCGCUCAAAUGGAUAACAAUGAUAUUCUAACACCAACGCUGGUUAGAUCUUAUCUAUCCACAUUUUUACACCAAAGAGACUUGUAUCACACUUUAAACCAUAAUCUUGCACUUUAUCAGGCUGAGCAAUCUUUAGAAAGUUCAGAGUUUUCAGAAAAAAUAGUUUUUAUGAUUUUUGGAUCUCCAAUACCAGAUUCUGAUCAAUUUAUGGUUAAUAUUUAUGGUUUGGCUACAAAAGGAUUCACAAUAAGAGUAGUCUGCUUUGCUGAUGCAUACGAAUUCGGCACAUAUUUGCGCCAAGGAUCUAGCUUUGAUAACUUAAAUGUAUUGACUAUUCAUCCAGAUGAAGAUUUUAGCUCCAAGGUUUUAGAUUUUUUUGCAGAUGCUUCUGGCCAUCAUUAUGUAGAUCAGGACCUGGAAGAGGCUAUUAGAAGAUCAAUGGUUGAAAAAUAA